AUGAAAACUACCAACAAACCAUGCAUGUUAAAUAUGAAAGAAAAAGCGAAUGUAAAAAAGGAUAACCUCUCAUCAGCCUCAAAUUCAAGCCUUCCCAGCCGGCUCACGAAGCUUCGCUCAUUGGCACUCGAAACGCGCGAUGCCCUCGACCGAAUCGACAACUCGCUGACUGCUCGACAUCUCGGAUUGCCGUCCGAUCGCCACUCUCUUGCGACAUCCUCGGCUUCGUCCCGAUCGCGACUCGCCAGCAGUCUCGACGCGCCACAGCUGCAGCCAGCGCAGCAACUCACGCCCGUCGGCUAA